AUGAAGAUAUUGUUGGCAGUUGUCGCUAUAUUCGCCGUUUUCUCGACGAUAUCUGCUUUGCAAGGAAAAGCCCCGACGAAGCAGCUCAACGAUGGCAACCAUAUUCCAACACUAGGCUUGGGUACCUUUGGUUUUCAAGACAUUCCUAAAAUUCGCAAAGCAAUAUGGGAUGCCGUCGAAGUUGGGUACAGACACAUCGAUACAGCAGCACUGUAUGGUAAUGAGGAAGAAAUCGGCAAGGGCAUCGCAGAUGUCAUUAAGCAAGGAUUAGUGAAGAGAGAGGAUCUCUUUAUAACCACAAAGCUGUGGAAUGACAAACAUGCCCGGAAUCAGGUAGUGCCAGCUCUCCGCGAAUCUCUCAGGAAAUUGGGACUGGAAUAUGUAGACUUAUACCUUAUCCAUAGUCCUGAAGCAACUGAUGCGCAAGGUAAUACCCUGGACAUCGACUUCGUGGAAACUUGGCAAGGUAUGGAGGAAGCUAAAACACUAGGUUUGACGAGGUCCAUCGGAGUAUCCAAUUUUGAAACGGAACAGAUCGACAAGAUUGUAAAGAACAGUAACAUUGUGCCGGCGGUAAACCAGAUUGAAAUCCACCCUUCAAAUACAAGAGAGAAGCAAGUGGCUGACUGCUUCGAGCGAGGCAUCGUGGUCGUCGCUUACAGUCCUUUCGGCUUCUUCGUUUCCAGAAACGGUGGCUCGAUAGUCAACAAAAACGACCCCAAGAUUGUUAACAUUGCUGAUAAGUACAGAAAGAGUGUCAACCAAGUUAUUCUGCGUUACGAGCUCGACCGUGACCUAAUCCCCAUUCCAAAGUCUACGAAUCGGCAACGGAUUCAAGAGAAUAUCAACGUAUUUGACUUCCAGCUGACAGAUGAUGAAAUCGCCACAAUUGGCAGCUUUAACCAGAACAAGAGCAUUUUUGAUUAA